AUGCUGCUGACCCCUCUUUUGGUCGGCAGCUUAAAGCUAUUCCUAGUUGAGAUCCUUCUAGUCAUGUCCUUCAGUUUAAUAGCUUGCCCCCUGCCCUACAGUUAUAAACUAAUAGACUAA